AUGUGCGCCUCGGGGCGGGCGCGGCCCCUCCACGCCCUGAGCCCACCCGGCGUGCGCCCCUUUCUGCCCGCGCUCCCCGGUGCCCAGCCGGCCGAGUGCCAAGGACGCGCGACCCUGAUUUCGAACGAGCGAGAGGCCAAGGGUCUCGAUCUGUCUCACGUCAGACAGCUCGCGUGGAACUCUUGCCGUCUCUCCCCGACUCCCCCGGGCCGUGGGAGGCCGAGCCCCGCGCAGGAUGGCUACGCCGACCGCGUGUUCUCUUCGCUCGACCUUCUCAACGAAAUCCUAGCGCGGCGUGCACGCAGGGCGACGUGGAGCCUGCACGUUCUCUCGGCCCGCUGCGCCCUGCGCGCCCUGGGCGGGGACGUCACCUCACGCCGGCCGGCCGGCGGUGGGAAGUCCUCCCCGUCCGGAGUGAAGGUAGGAGCCGGGCCGGGCGGGGACCCGCGCCACGGCGCUUCAUCCCCGGAAAGUCGGGGCCGAGUCUGCAGUCCGGCGGCCUCCAGCGAGGGUCCCCGAGCCGUCCCGGGUGAAGGCGCCGAUGAAGGUGACAGUGGGAACGAGGGCAGAAGUGGAAGCGAAGAAACCAACGUGUGUGAGAAGUGCUGUGCGGAAUUCUUCAAGUGGACAGACUUCCUGGAGCACAAGAAGAGCUGCACUAAGAACCCACUGGUCUUGAUCGUGAGCGAGGAUGAGCCGGCACCGCCCUCGGAAGAGUUUCCAGAACCUUCUCCGGCCAGCUCUCCCAGUGACCAGACAGAGAGCGAGGCUGCCGAGGAGGCGGCCCCCCCUGAGGACGGUGAGGGCGUUGACGUGAGGGCCCCAGAAAAGGAGGAAGAGCCCAUGGAAGCAGAUCCCUCUGGAGAAAGAAGCUUCCAGAACCCAGGCCCCUCGCACACAGGGAAGCCGCCUCUACCUCAGAUCCCCGAACCGGCACCUGUGACCACGUACAGCAUGCCAAACACUAAUGUGACGUUAGAGACCCUCCUGAGCACCAAGGUGGCCGUUGCACAGUUCUCCCAGAAUGCGAGGGCUGCAGGCAGUGUGGGAUCCAGCAGUGGGGUGACCACAGUGGCCAUCCCCAUGAUCCUGGAGCAGCUGAUGGCCCUGCAGCAGCAGCAGAUCCACCAGCUGCAGCUCAUCGAGCAGAUCCGCAGCCAGGUGGCCAUGAUGAACCGCCAGCCCCUCAGGCCACCACUGAACCCCGGGGCAGCCUCAGCGGCUCAGAACACCCCAGUGCCAGCCUCCUGCCAGCUCCAAGGGCUGGCCACCCAUUCGGCCCUGCAGCUCUCUGCCGGGCCCCCCUCUGCCCCCACAGCGCCAGGCCCUGCUGCCCAGCAGGUGGCCUACGAGGGCCCCCAGCACCUGUCACAGCCGGCGUCUGGAGCAAGCACCCCGCACAUUCCCAGUGGGGACCCCUCUGUCCCCGAGUCCGGCGGGCCGGUGUCCUCCAGUGCAGCCCCGGCCUCCGCUGCCCCGGCCCCGGCGGCCAGCGCCUCCAGCAGCUCCUCGCAGCCGCAGAACGCUUCCACACCCCCCACCCUGGGGCCUGGACCACUGCUCAGCUCAGCCCCCAGCCUGCCAAACCCACUUCUACCUCAGACCACCGCCAGCAGCGUCAUCUUCCCUAACCCGCUGGUCAGCAUCGCGGCCACGGCCAACGCACUGGACCCCCUGUCGGCCCUCAUGAAGCACCGCAAGGGCAAGCCCCCAAACGUGUCCGUGUUCGAGCCCAAGGCCAGCGCUGAGGACCCCUUCUUUAAGCACAAGUGCAGGUUCUGUGCCAAGGUGUUCGGGAGCGACAGCGCCCUGCAGAUCCACCUGCGCUCCCACACCGGCGAGAGGCCCUUCAAGUGCAACAUCUGCGGAAACCGCUUCUCCACAAAGGGCAACCUGAAGGUCCACUUCCAGAGGCACAAGGAGAAGUACCCCCACAUCCAGAUGAACCCCUACCCCGUCCCGGAGUACCUGGACAAUGUGCCCACCUGCUCUGGAAUUCCCUACGGGAUGUCGCUGCCUCCAGAGAAGCCAGUGACCACCUGGCUGGACAGCAAGCCCGUGCUGCCCACGGUGCCCACGUCGGUCAGCCUGCAGCUCCCGCCCACUCUCCCCGGCGUCAGCAGCUAUGCCGACUCCCCCAGCCUCACCCCCGCCAGCCGCUCCCCACAGCGGCCCUCGCCCGCGUCCAGCGAAUGCACUUCUUUGUCCCCUGGCCUCAACAGCUCCGAGCCAGGCAUCCCCGUGACCGCGGAGUCCCCGCAGCCAGUGCUCGGUGGGUCUUUGACCAAAAUUGAGCACGUGAGCCUGCCUUGCGCAAACGCCAGGGCAGGGCAUGUCCCCGCUGGCGGGCAGGUCUCCACCGUGUCCACAUCGGCCGCCACUGCCCUCACGGACAGCAGUGUAUCCACAGGCCUCUGCAGCCCAGUCCUCCCGGCCGGCUCUGACCAGUUCAGGGCGAAGUUCCCCUUCGGAGGGCUGCUGGACUCCAUGCAGACAUCGGAGACCUCCAAGCUGCAGCAGCUGGUGGAGAACAUCGACAAGAAGAUGACGGACCCCAACCAAUGCGUCAUCUGCCACCGCGUGCUGAGUUGCCAGAGCGCCCUGAAGAUGCACUACCGGACGCACACGGGGGAGCGGCCCUUCAAGUGCAAGAUCUGCGGGCGCGCCUUCACCACCAAAGGCAACCUGAAGACGCACUUUGGGGUGCACCGCGCCAAGCCGCCCCUGCGUGUGCAGCACUCCUGCCCCAUCUGCCAAAAGAAGUUCACCAACGCCGUGGUCCUCCAGCAGCACAUCCGCAUGCACAUGGGGGGGCAGAUCCCAAACACCCCGCUGCCCGAAGGCUUCCAGGACGCCAUGGACGCUGAGCUCCCGUAUGACGAGAAGGCCGCGGAAGCCCUGAGCAGCUACGACGACGACAUGGACGAGAACUCCAUGGAGGAGGACGCCGAGCUGAAGGACACGGCUGGUGACCUGUCCCAGCCACUCCCGUCCUUCUCGGGCUCCUGUCCACCCUCCCCACCGUCCGUCAUUUCCAGCAUCGCAGCCCUGGAGAACCAGAUGAAAAUGAUCGACUCUGUCAUGAGCUGUCCGCAGCUGACCGCCUUGAAGUCUGUGGAGAACGGGUCCGGGGAGAGCGACCGCCUGAGCAAUGACUCCUCAUCUGCCGGGGGCGACCUGGAGAGCCGGAGUGCAGGCAGUCCGGCCCUGUCCGAGUCAUCGUCCUCCAUGCAGGCCUUGUCCCCCGUGAACAGCAACGGCGAGAGUUUGCACUCCAAGUCCCCCGGCCUCGGCCACCAGGAGGAGCCCCAGGAGAUACCUCUCAAGACCGAGAGGCCAGACAGUCCACCCCCUGCCCCCGAAAACGGAGGCGCGCUGGACCUGACGGCCACCCACCCCGGCCGGCCGGCCAUCAAGGAGGAGGCCCCCUUUAGCCUGCUGUUCCUGAGCAGAGAACGGGGUCCCAGCCAAAGCUCUCCUAGCCUGGUCGCCGCCUCCACGCCUGCCAUGAUCAAAAUGGAGGUGAACGGGCACAGCAAGGCCGUCGCGCUGGGCGAGGGCCCGGCGCUGCCGGCGGCAGUCCAGGUGCCCGCCGGGCCGCAGACAGUGAUGAGCCCCGGCCUCGCGCCCAUGCUGGCCCCGCCGCCGCGCCGGACGCCCAAGCAGCACAACUGCCAGUCGUGCGGGAAGACCUUCUCCUCAGCCAGCGCCCUGCAGAUCCACGAGCGCACCCACACCGGGGAGAAGCCGUUCGGCUGCACCAUCUGUGGCAGGGCGUUCACCACCAAGGGCAACCUCAAGGUGCACAUGGGCACGCACAUGUGGAAUAACGCUCCUGCGAGGCGCGGCCGCCGCCUGUCAGUGGAAAACCCCAUGGCUCUGCUAGGUGGUGACGCCCUGAAGUUCUCAGAAAUGUUCCAGAAGGAUCUGGCAGCACGAGCCAUGAACGUCGACCCCGGUUUUUGGAACCAGUAUGCCGCAGCGAUCACAAACGGUCUGGCCAUGAAGAACAACGAGAUUUCCGUCAUCCAAAACGGAGGCAUCCCCCAGCUCCCAGUAAGUCUCGGCGGCAGCGCCAUCCCCCCCUUGGGUUCCCUGACCACGGGGAUGGACAAAGCGCGCACCGGCAAUAGCCCGCCCAUCGUGGGUUUGGACAAAACAAACUCCGACACGGGAGCCAGCCGUCCAUUCACGAGGUUUAUUGAGGACAACAAGGAAAUUGGCAUUAACUAGCCGUGCACGGCUCCGUCCGUCUGCUC